AUGUCUCAGUCACACCUUGUUCUCGGUGUGCCUCCUUCGUCGUGGGACGAGAGUUCUUUCAAAAUUCAUUGUGGAAUUUCAGAGGGCGUUAUUAGAAAUAUCGAGCCUGUCGGUCGUUAUUUUCUCGCGCAUGCUCGUCGAAAGCUUAAUAAUCAUAGCUUUUCUGAAGACGAACAUAUUCAAGCAGAGGCUAAUGCAAAACAAUUGGAAGUUAUUCAUGACGAAGACUCUGAAGAAGAGACACCUGAAUUAUUAUCACGAGAUCCUAAGGAUUGGAAGGAACAAGACCAUUAUGCGAUUUUAGGUCUCUCAAAAUACAGAUGGAAAGCAACCGAUGAACAGAUCAAACAAGCACAUAGGAAGAAAGUACUCAAACAUCACCCAGACAAAAAGGCAUCGAGUGGAAACACCAAUGAUGAUGGGUUUUUCAAAUGCAUUCAGAAAGCAUAUGAAAUACUUUCUGAUCCUGUAAAGCGUCGACAAUUUGAUUCAGUGGAUGAAGCUAUUGAUGACACUCCACCAAGCGCAAAAGCUAAAGGAGAUUUCUUUGAAAUAUAUGGCCCAGUAUUUGAACGAGAGGCUAGAUUUUCAAAUAAAACACCGGUGCCAAUGCUUGGAGAUAUAAAUACUACCAAAUCAGAAGUAGAAGCAUUUUAUGAUUUCUGGUAUAACUUUGAUUCUUGGAGGUCGUUUGAAUAUUUAGACAAAGAGGAUACAGACAAUACGGACAACCGAGACGAUAAACGAUAUAUUGAACGCAAGAACAAGGCCGAAAGAGCAAGAUAUAAAAAAGAAGACACGAUACGGUUGAGAAAAAUUAUCGAAGAUCAGGCAUUAUCUUUAGAUCUACGCAUUCAGAAGUUUAAGCAGGAGGAAAAAGCGGCUAAAGAGGCAAAGAAAAAGGAAAAAGAAGACGCAAUCAAAAACGCAAAAGAAGCUGCCCAAAGAGCUGCAGAAGAAGAAAGACUAAAGAAGGAGCAAGCUGAAGCUGAAGCAAAACUGAAACAACAAGAAGAAAAAAAGGAGAAGGCAAACAAGAAAAAAAUGAUGCGUAACGAGCGUAAGAGUAUCAAGACACAUGUGAAGACACAUAACUACUUUUAUCCACCAAAUGAACCACCACCUAUAGAUGUUAUUGAGACGCAGUUGUCAGAGUUAGAUUUCCUAUUUGAAAAAUUAAGUUUAGAGGAUCAUCAAAAUGUCAGAAAGCAAUUGGACUCUAUUCAGGGCAGACAUGAUGCAAAACAGAUUUUGGUAAAAGAGGCUUCAAGGCUUGUGAGUUCGGGUGUAUUACCAGUAGACUCGAUUAAGUAUUUCAAGUCAGACUCAAUAGAUGUAGAUGUUACCGAAAAUCAAGCCCAAAAGACUACAAAUAUUGAAGAGCAUAAAGUUACAGAAGAGAUGCCAAAAGAGCGACCAUGGAAUGUUGAAGAAAUAUCACUAUUAAUUAAGGCAGCCAAUAAGUUCCCUGGAGGAAGCUUAAAUAGAUGGGAAAGGAUCAGUGAAUAUGUGGCUGAUCACUCUGGAUUACCACCUAGAACAAAUGAAGAAUUAAUUAAAAAAUCCAAAGAAGUCCAAAAAGGUACUGUUGCAUUGGAUGAAAAUGAUGUACGCAAGCUGCAACAUCAAAAAAAGCAUGCAGAUACACGAAUUACUGAACAUCCAUCUAUGCGAGAAGCAACAAUUGAUUACGAUGCGAUUUCGGCAUCUACAGCGAAUGGAUCUUCGACAACAAACAAUACAUGGUCACCAGCUCAACAAGCACAACUGGAACGGGCAUUACAGGCAUAUCCACCAUCGUGGAAAGGAGAAGGUGAUAGAUGGGAUAAAAUUGCAGAAGCAGUUGAAAACAAAACGAAAAAAGAGUGCAAACUCAGAGUCAAGUAUUUGGCUGAACAAGUUAAAGCAAAGAAAGCUGCACAAUCAACCUGA